GUGUAUAGUUCAGGUUCCAAACUGUUUACUGCUUGUAGCCGAAUGCAGUAGGCCAUGGUCAGCCAUGACUGUUGCGGAAGGAGUUGUUAUAGAACAGGAAAGUAAAAUGGCGUUGUUUGAGAAGUUAAAUAAAUCUGAUGACGAUGAUGAAGAAGAAGACUUGGAGGCACUUCGCCGAGCCGCAUUACAGACACUAGGAAGUAAUAAGCCAGCUGCAAAUAGUUCAAGCAGUGUCAACAACACAUUGCACCUGCCACAACAGAUUCCUGUUCCUGGUCCUGGUCCUGGUAGGGUGUAUAGGGGAGGAAUGGUACGCUCACGACUAGGAAGAAACCCAGUAUUUCAGAGACAUCGAUUGAACUCAAAUUUGAUUGCAAUUGUGCCCAUGAGUAAUGAACCUUCUCCCAGAAGUGAUACUUCUCCCAAUCAGAAGACAGAAAGGGCCAUGUUAGUAGCCACAAGCACUGGUCCUAAGCUAGAGUUGCCACAACAUCGAUACUGUAAAGUGGAGACUGAUCAGGAAAAUAAAGGGGGUGGUCCAGUGGUGUCUACAAAAUUUAGCAGAUAUGAAGACUCCAACUCACAUUCUUCAGCAGAUGAAAGUGAGGAUGAAAAUGGAACCAGUGAUAAAGUGUCUCUAGGUUCAGGUGUUACUGCUGAGCUGGACAAUGAUCCUGAUGUGCUGAUGGUGGCUGUUGAUGAUGAAGAAGACAGUUUAGAAAAGCUGAUGAAUGAGCUUGAACAGGAAAUGAAUAGGAGUGACGCAAAUGUACAUAUGAAUAGUAAUGUAAAAUCAAGUUCAGAUCAACAGAAACAAAAGAAAACUUUAGCAGCCAAAACAAAACGUAAUAUCUGUGAUACUAUAAAAAGUCACAAGAGUCAGGGAGGUGUUUCUACUUCAGAAGUAGUACCUGUUUUAUCAAACUCCAGUAACCAAAAGACAAAACAAUCUUCACACAGUGGCUCUUUAGAAUGUACAAAGGAUAUGUCAGCUUCUGCGUCACAAAUCAACGUGUCUUCUUCAUCCAUUUCAAUUCAAUAUAAAGACAAUAUUUUACAUGAACGAGACAGAAAUGCUAAGUCUGGUAGCAUCCCUCAGAAGUCUCAUACAUCCCCAAAACCUGUUGCUAUGUUACGAAAGCAGUUAUCACCCAUUUCCAGUAGAAAGUCAAGAUCAAGAUCAAUAUCACCCCACAGCUGCAGUACAUCCUUACCUAAGGGUAGACGAUGUGGAUCUCGGUCUCCAAGGAGCAGGUUUAGUUACUCUCCUGUGAGAAACCGAAGUCCAAGAAGUCGAUACUCCAGAUCACCAGUUUAUCUUUCAAGAUCAAGGUCUAGGUCUCCCAUGAGGCCUCUUAAAUCUCCAAGAAAGAGAUACUCGAGAUCUCCCCAACCAUGGCAUAAACCCAUCAGUAAUCAUGCUUCUAGAUUCUCAACUCAGAGGCAAUCUCCCAGGCCUAGAAGACCCAUAUCACCAAGGCAGUCUCCAUCUUGGUUAAAUCGUAUGUCACCACAUAGAUCUCCUGAAUCAAAAUGGUGGGCCUCUCCACAUAGGUCAUUGUCACCACGCUUGAGAAGAUCAUCGCUGUCACCUCCUCCAAAACGUCUAAUAUCACCUAGAGCUAGGAGUUCAGUUUCUCCUCGUAGGCCUCUUACACCUUUAAGAAGAAAGAUGUCUCCUUCCCCAGCACGAAGGAACCCCUCCCCACCACGAAGAUAUUCUCCACUUCGGAGAAAUCCUUCUCCACCUAGAGGACGUUAUUCUCGUUCAUUGUCUCGCAGUCCUACAAGAUUUAUAUCUAGAGGCAAGUCACCUCCAGGUAGCAGACCUUUACAUCAUGGGUCACCUCUCACUCCAAAACGACGGGUGUCGCGAUCACCCUCUGUGCGAAGACGUCUCUCUCAUUCUCCAUACAAUAGACUGGCACCCAAACAUUCUCCAUCUAUCCGAAAAUUAUCUCCUUGGUCACCACGUAGACAACCUCUCAAUCAGAGAACUUCCCCUGCUGUUCGGAGAUAUUCAGCUUCUCCCAGUGGCAAACAGCGGUCACCAUCUCCAUACAGAAGGCAGAGAAGGCAGUCAAAUUCCCCAAAUAGAAUACCAGCUGUUAGCAGGCUGCCUCCGAGAACUCAUUGGUCCCCUGUAAGGGAUUUGCAUAGACCUUCACAGGAAUCAAGAUUAAACAACAUCCAUACAAGGUCGCAGUCUCCACCAUUGCUACCACACUUACAUCCUGACCCUAACAUACAUCGUGGUCACAGUCCCAGACAUUCCCGGUCUCCACUUCACAGGAGUCACAGUCAUACAUCAAGCAUUAGUCUUAGCCCAUCUCCAGAGCGAGGGACCAUAAACAACAUUCAUCGGUAUAAAUCCCCAUUACGACUGCAUGUAGCAGAGUACAGGAACCAUGCAGUUGCUGGUCUUCAAAGUUCCAAGGAAGGAAAUAAUGUUAGACUACGAAAUCUGCCAUCUCCUGUCCCAGUACCUGGGAAGAAGCCAUUGAAAACCAGGUCAAGUAAGCGGAAAGAACCAAGAAGAAAGAGGGAUAGGAGCAAGGAAUAUACCAAGAAAGAUUCAGAUGAAAAAUCAAAGGAAGAAUUACGAAGUGUAGCAGGAGAGAGUAAUCCAGUGUUAGAUUCCUCGGCUGUAAAGAACAGUGUUCAGAUAAGUGAUACUUUGGUUAGUGGUUCAAAUGUGGCAGUUUUAGAAGCUCGAAGGCGAAAGUUUGAAUCGGCAGGCCCAGUGAAACCUGAUGGUAAAAAGAUAUGCUUAAGAACAACACAGCCACAGCAGCAGAUGCAACUGCAGAAAGAGCAGGAUAGAAAGAUGACUCGCCAGACUCCACCGAAACAUAUGCCGGAAGUGAACGACAAAGAGGCAGUAACAGCAAUUAUGACACUAGAUGAUUCUGCACCAUUAGAAACUGGAGAAGACAUUGAUGAACCUUACCUUGAACUUCAGAGUGCAGAUCUGUGGUCAAGUGAGGAAAGUGACUCAGACAAUGAAGCACGAUUCAAGUCGAGUGCACGAAUUCAAGUAGCUGAAAGUGAAAAGGUUGAAGUACCAUUUACCAAACCGCUUGGUCAGACUAAGCCGGUUGUACGUAAGGAAGAGGUAUUGACAAAGCGUAAAAAAUCAUCAUCAAGAAAAACUAGUUCAGGAGAUAAAGUAUAUGAAGAUGCUAAAAUGAAAAAAGGCUUGGAAAAUGUGAGAUCCCAGGUUGGUGAUUCACAGCAAAAAAUUAAGAAAGGUACAGGAAAACAGCAUCAGUGUGAGAAGGAAGUACAGAACAAGGCAGAAGGUGCAGCCAACAACUCUAAUACUGUGGAUUCUAAAUUGAAGCAUUCUACAGGAGAUGGAAAUAAUGACGCUGUAGAAGAGUUGGUAGCAAGAAGCAGGGAGGGAGACCUCCGUGCUGAGCUCAGCAGGAGGAGGGCUGAGAGGCUCACAAAGGCGGGAUCUCUUCAUGAGAGUCUUCCAGCAAGACUUCUCCAGUCAGCCUUUGAAGGAGUUGUUGGAAAGAAAGGCAUUAAACGUAUUGAAAGAGAGGACAAGUCAAUUGGUGGCAAAAGGACAGAAUCAAAGAAAGAGAAAAAUGAUGUGCGGCGUGUCCUGGUAUUAAAAAGGCCAGCUGUAACAGAAAGAAGAGUUGCCUCAAUUAGUGUUACAAUUCCUAAAGAAUCCAAACAUGAAUUGAAUGUGGAUUCCCCACCCACAAGGAUUCCUAUUAGAUUGCGACUGGGCCGGCCUACUCCAGGGUCCCCUCCAGAGGAUCGUUUAAUGCCUAGAAGGAGAAAUCGAAAGGUGAAGCUGAAACGUAACGUGAUGCUAGGCCCUAGGCCUGAUGACAAGGUGUAAACUUGGAAUGAGCAUUCAGCCUUGUGUGGAUUCUGCUUGUCUUGAAAGAAAAAAGAGAAACAUGAGAGAAAAAAGAAGACCAAAAAAGUGAAAGCAUCAACAUGAAUAAAAGAACAGAACUGAUGCAAAACAAAAAAAAAUGUAUUUUUUAAAAAUGUAAAUGAAUGGAGCUCUCAUGAAAUGACUUAAAUAUUAAUAAUGCCUGAUAAGUUUAAUAUGCAUUUGAAUGUGUUUAUUUGAUGGUUAAUAAGUAAAAAAAUAGGUGUUUUUUCUGUUUGUAUUCCAUUAUGUCUGUAAUGUAAUUAAUCAUGUAAACAGUGUUCCUUUGUGUCACAUUCAUUAAAUCAGCAGCGAACAAUUGUGCAUUUGAAUACAAAAUGAACCUCACGAAGAUCAUGUAGUUCCACUUUUCAGUAGUUGCUAAUUUUACUUACAGUGAUUUGUUCAUUGAGCAAUAAUUUUAAAAAAGACCAUUUAAUUAAUACAGCAGUGUAAGUGAUUUACUUUAAAUGGUAGAUAUUAUUUUUUUUUUUCUGUACGUAUUUCAGGACGCUAUGUAACAGUGUGUCUUGCUUCAUUUCUCCAGCCAACUCAUAUGUUCAUCAGAUACUUCUGCUAUGAGAAACAUGUGAAUAUGUAUAUAACUUUGUAAAUAUAUAGUUUUGUACAAAUAUAUGAUUUUAUAUUAUUUAA